AUGAGAACGGACCUUGGCUCAACUUCCGUCGACGCCUCCCUUACAGAAAUUGACGCAAGGUCUAAAGAACCGAACAGAGAGAAUAUUGCAGUGGGACCUUUUGGUGUACUCAACUUCAAUUUGAAUGCGACUUUCACUCAAAGCCAAAAUGUCCAUACAGACGAUGCCGGCCCCGCUGAGGAGCUGCCAACAGAUACGCCGUCUACCCUUGACUCGCUGAUGAAUCUUGACGAUUCAUUGCAAUGGGCCGAUCUAUUUGAACUUGACUUUGAUAAUAUGCUGAUCACACAACAAGCCCCCUUCGUCUCCGGCGCUCAAGAUUUCUUUUACGAUAGCUACAACGCUGGAUAUUAUGAGCAAAAGCAGCUAGGCGAUGAGCCAUACACCACAAUGAAUCGACCUCAGUCUGCUCAGAAUGAAGUGGCGAGAACUACAUCGCUGCCGGAGCCAUUACAAUCGCUUGUCGGUGUUCCAGCGUCAGAAUUGGAACCCCUUGGCGACAUCCAGGCUCUGCUGAAGCAUUUUCAAGACCAUGUCAUUGCACAAAUGGCAGCGCUGCCAAUCGGCUCGAAAUCUCCGUGGAAAAUUCUUAACCUCUCAUCGGCUGUAGAGACUCUUGCCGAGAUGACCUUUCUGGGCGGAAAGAACGUGAAACAUGCUCAUGCAGCAAACCUCUACGGUCUACUAGCUUGUUCAGCGUAUCACUUGGCCUCAAACCCAUCAAUCGCUUCAUCGCGAUCUGUAGAGCAUUGGGAACAAACGGUUGUUCAGACGAGCAGGAAAGCCAAAGAACAUCUACAGAAAUCCCUGCAAGCUGAACUCCAAGGACCAAAUAAAGCCAAGUACAAGGAUCAACUAACGGCAAUCUUGAGUCUGAUGGCAUUUGCUGUUAUUUCAGGCAAUCAAAAAGACGCGCGAUGUUGCAUGAUAGAUGCAGAGCGUUUACUACGACAUCGAGGCCUUGCAAAGCGCGAAAUCAGCCGUAAAGCACGCUUGUUGCAUCACAUCUAUACGUGGGUGAGAAUCGUCGGAGAAAGCACAUAUGUUAUACAUGACUACCAAAGCUAUGGACCGCUCGUCAACACCAUCAACGAUCGAGGCGACAGUCGACGGACAGACACCAGCAAAACCCACACAGGCCACAAUGCCCGACUGGAUGACUUUCUUCGCCUCAAAGCACAUCAAUCCGACAGCGAUCUUGAAAUUGAAGAUCCCAAGGACUCCGAAGUUGGUCUCCACGACAUCCAUCUCGAAGAUUCUCGCGAGUUCUCGGACCAUAUGUACCUCCAGAUAUACGGCAUUCCCGAGACUUGGCUGAGUCUCGUCUCCCAAACGACUCGUCUGGCGAACGUGAUGGAUGCGGUGAAAGCCAGCAGCAAGGAGACAAGUAUGGGACUUCUGGAGUCAUUGGAAAAGCGGGGAGCACGUCUCGAGAACAUGAUCUGCUCCUUCGCGUCGAAAACCUUGUCAACGACCUCACUUCAAUUGACUGAGGGCAACAACGAUAGCGGUCAGAGUUCCCAGUUCCCGCAAUGCAUGACACCGAACGAUCAAAUGCUUCGCGCACUCAAUUCAGCCCUGGUUAUUUUCUUCUACCGACGUAUCCGAAACGUAAACCCCUGGAUCCUCCAAGGCCACGUUGAUGAUGUAAUUCAAGCGCUCCAGGAAUUCGAUACAGCGCUCCUCCGACAGGGUCUCGAAGGUCCUGGUACAAUGUGGCCUGCAUUCAUGGCCGGAUGCGAAGCGAUGGCGGCUUCGAAGCGAGAUGCUCUGAUGCGAUGGAUUGAGAAAGGAUCUUCCAAGUCUGGAUUGUAUGGAUUCAAGGCUGCAAAGGAAAUGAUGGCGGAGUUGUGGAGGAGGCGGGAUGAAGUCAAUGCUGCUACCAGUUCUGUGUACCGCAAGUCUCACACGCCAUGGACGUGGGUUGAUGUGUCAAGGGAAAGAAAUCUCUGGCUGAUGCUGUGCUGA